AUGCAUUCUGCUGCUUUCUCUCCAUAUUUUGUCUUUCUUUCUUGUUGUUGUUGUUGUUUUUUGGGGAAUAAACAAAAAAGCGAACUGUUUUGGCCCUUUAUGUUUUUUCGCGUUCUUGUUGCUGCGGUGUUUGUGUGGCUUACCGGCACGGCUGGGGUUGUGGACGCUGCUGUUGAUUGCGGCACAGCGGUGGCAUGCUACCCAUGGGCGAAUGGUAAUCUGAGGGUUGGAAAUCAGAAGCCAUGUGUCUCUGGAGGACGGAUGAACCUUCGGUUCAUGUUGGAUGUUGCGGCUGAGACUAGUGCGGCCGAAGGGGCAGCUUCCACUGCUGUAUAUGGGUUCUGUCCUGUUGUUGACAAACUCGAAGCAUUUAAACUGAAUUCAGCUCAUUCUGUAGCGACCCUCUACUCAGCCGGGAAUGUCUACAAUUUUUCAAAGAAUGUUGGUCGAAAGUACCUCUCUGUAUAUGGGUUUGGCAUGUCAAACAGUACACUUUUUCCAGAGAAAGGCCUCUCAGCAGGGGCUGUUGUGAUCGCGGAAAAUGGGGAUUUUCUGUGUGGUUCCGACCGCUCUGUAGCACUUGUUCAUACCUUGAUUCUGGACAUUGGACUUCACAGGGGUCGAUUUAACUACAUUGGUGCUAGAGGGGCUUCAUCACCAGGGAAUAUUUCUGGAAAUGGUACGACUACGCCUAUUGAAGCUUCAACCGAAGCCCCUGUGCAGGAAGGUGAAGUCUCUGUGCAGCCGGCAUUGGUUGGGUUUCGGCCCACUUGUACCGCCGAUGAUGUUUGUGUUUUUGAUUCUGCGAGUGUUUGCAUUGGAGAUCAAAUUGGAAACAAAAAUUGUGCAAAAUGCUACACCUCCCCCAAGGAAGUUGCCAAACAAAACAUUGUUGUGUGGGCAUCAUAUGACGGAACCGAUGCCAAAGGCCAUCCACUACUUAGCGGCGGAAUGAACCCCCUGAUUUACAAACAGUUUGCGGGGAACACGUUAAAGAAUGAUUUUGAUGUAUUAAUCAGAAGAAUGAAAUCGUAA